UUCAAACUCUUUCCUAACAAAACCCAGUCCGGCGACAUCGCCUGGAUGCUCACCUCCUCCGCCCUCGUGCUCCUCAUGAUUCCCGGCGUUGGAUUCUUCUACUCCGGCCUCGCACGGCGCAAGUCAGCUCUCUCGCUCAUCUGGCUAUCCUGCAUGUCUGUCGGCGUCGUCUCCUUCCAGUGGUUCUUCUGGGGCUACUCCCUCACAUUCUCGCACACGGCGGGUUCUUUCAUUGGUGAUCUUCAGAAUAUCGGGUUUAGGAAUGUAUUGGGCGCGCCCAGUGUGGGCAGUCCGAAGAUCCCGGAUUUGCUGUUUGCCAUUUAUCAGGGGAUGUUCGCUGCUAUUACUCCCGCCCUCGCCAUCGGCGCUGCAGCAGACAGAGGCCGCAUGCUCCCCUGCAUCGUCUUCAUGUUCAUCUGGUCCACCAUAAUCUACGACCCGAUCGCGUGUUGGACCUGGAACCCGGCAGGCUGGACCUUCAAAAUGGGCGGCCUCGACUUCGCUGGUGGAACUCCCGUGCACAUCUCCUCUGGCGCCGCUGCCCUCGCAUACAGCGUUAUGCUCGGCAAGCGCAAGGGCUACAGCGAGGUCUCAGGCCUCCCGUAUAGGCCGCACAAUGUCACGCAUAUCGUGCUCGGCACGGUCUUCCUCUGGGUCGGCUGGUUCGGCUUCAACGGCGGCUCAGCACUCGCUGCUAACAUGCGCGCGGUCAUGGCUUGUGUGGUAACGCAUCUCGCUGCUUCCGUGGGCGGCGUCACUUGGGUCCUCCUCGAUUACCGUCUUGAGAAGAAAUGGAGCACAGUCGGCUUCUGCUCAGGCGCCAUCUCCGGCCUCGUGGCUAUCACUCCUGCAUCUGGUUUCGUCCCGGCCUGGUCGGCGGUUGUCUUCGGUGUUGUGGGCGCGAUCUGCUGCAAUUAUGCCACCAAGCUGAAGUAUGUCAUUGGUGUUGAUGACGCGCUUGAUAUCUUCGGGGAGCAUGGCGUUGGUGGUAUCGUCGGCAACCUUCUCACCUCCUUCUUCGCUGCCGACUACAUAGCGCAUCUCGACGGCUUCUCCGAGAUCCCCGGCGGCUGGCUGAACGGGCACUACAUCCAACUCGCAUACCAGCUCGCCGACUGCGUGACCGGCUUCUCGUACUCCUUCUUUGGCACCUGCAUCAUCCUCUUCCUCAUGAACCUCGUUCCCGGCCUUUCGCUCAGAGUCAGUGCGGAUGAGGAGGAGCUCGGAUUAGACGAAGCGCAGAUUGGCGAGUUUGCGUAUGAUUAUGUUGAAUUGAGACGCGAGUUCUCGGAUGUGAUUUUUGGCGAGGAGGGCGAGGGUCAGCUGGGAAGUGAUGGUGCGGCGAGUAUUAAGGGUGCGGGAAAGGUGGAGGGCGAGAAGAGCGUGCCGCUUGAGAGUGUUUAGAUGCCUCGAAGGCUAGACAGAGGGGGAAGUGGUUGAAGAUGGGGGAGGGGUUUUGUAAGGCUAUUUUGAGUCGGGUACGCUGAAGAAUGGGUAUCGUUUGGUGUUCUGGUUUAGGAGUAGGGCAUGUCAUGUUGCGUCCUUCGUUUGUUUGGGUAGCCAGAACCAAUACGAAGACUUACAAAUUCAUCCUGCAGGUCUUGUUGAACGAGGC